AUGCAACUUCUUCAAUGGCUAGAAACACAUAAAGAUUUAGCACUACAGGCAUGUUUAACAAAAAAUCCAUCUGAUUAUGAUAUUGAAGUUUUUAUUUCUGGAACUGUUUGGAAAAAGCCUCUUAAAAAACAUAUCAAUAUACUUGAUUAUGAUAUGUUUCAAGAUUGUCAAUUCAAAAUAAAAGCUUUAAAAACUUUCAUAGCAAAAAGCCUUGAAAUACAUAUUGAAUAUUUGAUAGCAGAUUCUAAUAAAGAAGAUUCUGACUAUUCUUCUAUAGUUUUAGAUUGUAUCAAAGAAUUAGAUAAUAUUACAAUUGAUUUUACAUUUUCAGCUACAAGUUCUCUUUAA